UUAUUCCAAUUACUAUUUAUAUGCUGAAUUUAGACCAAAAUACUAGCAUACUAUCUUUUCUCAUGAUAUGUACUCUCUCAUUGCUAUCUCGCCACUAUAGGACCCUUAUAAGAAGUUGCGCUCAAUAUUUAUCUUUGGAUGUUGGUACGAAGCUCCACGCUUCCAUUAUCACCACUGGUCUUGCAAACUUCCCAAACACAUAUCUCCGUAAUGCUCUUCUUCAAAUGUAUGCAGCUUGCGGGUGUGUUCUCUAUGCACGCAAGGUGUUCGAUGAAAUUCCUCUCUCAUAUAAAGACACUGUUGACUGGACAACCUUGAUGGGUUGCUAUGCACGUGGAGGGUUUCCAAGGGAUGCACUCAACUUGUUUGCUGAAAUGCGGAGGAGUGAUGUUUUGAUUGAUGAGUUUACUAUGGUUACUGUAUUCCUUGCUAGCGCGAAGUUGGGGUGUGAAGAAUUUGGGGUUCAGGGUCAUGGUUGUAUGGUUAAAAUGGGGUUUAAUUCGAGUGUUAAAGCGUGUAAUGCUGUUAUGGAUAUGUAUGUGAAAUGUGGGUUAAUUGAUGAAACAAGAAGGGUUUUUAAAGAGAUGGAAGAAAAGAGUCUUGUUUCUUGGACGGUGCUUUUGGGUGGAGUGGUGAAGUGGGAAGGUUUUGAAAAUGCGAGGUUGUUGUUUGAUCAGAUGGUUGAGAGGAAUAAAGUGGCGUGGACGAUAAUGAUUACAGCGUAUAUUGAGAACGGUUUAACGAAGGAAGCUUUUGGGCUUCUACGUGAAAUGGUGUUUGAAUGUGGAUUUGAGUUGAAUUUCGUGACGUUUUGUUCGUGGUUAUCAGCUUGUGCGCAGUCGGGAAAUGUGAUUGUGGGUAAAUGGGUACACGUGUAUGCUUUGAAGAUGAUGAAACAUGAAAUGGAUAUAAUGGUGGCGACAGCGUUGAUUAAUAUGUAUGCUAAAUGUGGCAGGAUUGAUGAUGCGUUUCGAGUUUUCAAGGUGAUGCCUCGAAAGAACGUGAUUACGUGGAAUGCCAUGCUAAGCGGACUGGCAAUGCAGGGAAAGGGAGAUAUGGUAUUGGAUUUGUUUGCUCUGAUGAUUAGAGAGGUCAAACCGGACGAUGUAACGUUUACAGCUGUAUUAAGUGCUUGUAGUCACUCAGGUUUGGUUGAUCAAGGUCGCCAUUUUUUCUAUAGCCUUGAAUCGAAAUAUGGAAUAAAGCCUUCUAUAGAGCACUAUUCUUGCGUUGUGGAUCUUUUGGGUCGGGCAGGACAUCUUGAAGAAGCAGAGUCCAUAAUCAGGGGAAUGGCGAUUCCCCCCAAUGAAGUUGUGUUGGGAUCACUAUUAGGGUCCUGCAGUGUCCAUAAGAACCUCAAGCUAGGGGAAUGCCUAAUGAAAGAGCUGGUCCAAAGGUAUCCUGAUAAUACCGAAUAUCAUGUCUUGCUUUCGAAUAUGUACUCUUUAGCUGGAAAAGAUGACAAGGCAAAUUCUAUUCGAGUAGCUCUUAGAAGCAGAGGCGUCAGAAAAGUGCCUGGUAUGAGUUCGAUUUAUGUUGGUGGUCAAAUCCAUCGCUUCAGUGCAGGGGAUAAAUUGCAUCUGCAAAGUCAAGAGAUAUAUACGAUGUUGGAUGAGAUGAUUCGAAAAAUAAGAUUGGCUGGUUAUGUACCAGAUACAGCCUGCCAAAAGUUUUCAGGAUCUGACUUUGGCCAGGAGGAGAAGGAACAGGCGUUGUUCUCUCACAGCGAGAAGCUGGCUGUUUGUUUUGGGCUCAUAAGCACACAAGCUGGCACGCCUCUUUACAUUUUCAAGAAUUUAAGGAUAUGCCAAGAUUGUCAUUCAGCCAUGAAGAUCAUUUCCAAAUUAUAUAAUAGAGAAAUUGUAAUAAGAGAUCGUAGUCGCUUUCACUGUUUCAAGCUAGGUUCAUGCUCUUGUUCUGACUAUUGGUGACAAAGCCACAGUGCUAAAUGAAAGAGAAAAAUCUAUGAAGUUUGGUUGAGAGCCAAA